CUCCUCAUCCCUCGACUCGCCACUCGCCAUAACCCAUCCAUCGUCGGGCUACUACAUACUAUGGUGGUGGUGGAGAUGAAGAAGCAGGCUGUGGUGGCGUGCGCGGUGCUGCUGCUGCUGGUGCUGGCCGGCGGCGCGUCUGCGGCGUCGUGCAACGCCGGGCAGCUGGCGGUGUGCGCGGCGGCGCUGACGUCGGGCGGCAAGCCCUCGGCGGCGUGCUGCUCCAACCUCAAGGCGCAGCAGGGGUGCUUCUGCCAGUUCGCCAAGAACCCCGCAUACGCGCGCUACAUCAACAGCCCAAACGCGCGCAAGGUCGUCACGUCCUGCGGCGUCGCCGUGCCACGAUGCUGAUCGAUCCAUCAAGCCGCGCGUGCACCUUGUCUAGCUAUAGCUAUCAUCAUGUCUCUAUCCUAGCUACACAUGCAUGCGUGCGCAUAUACUUAGAGCAGUCGUGUACAUGCUUGCGGUUGAGCCGCUACGUCGUCGUAUACGAGGAAUAAAUAAAAGAGAUGCCCGGGCUGCUCCCUACUUUGAUGUUUCGCUA